AUGGAACCCAUCUCUGUGCCGAUGAACCACAGCAAAGAAGAAGAGGAGGCGAUGAAGCCUAUCACAGAGAAGUCUGUAACAGAAGGAGAACAAAAGCUGGAAUGGGGUACUACCGCAAUGACUGAAUAUUUAUUUGCACCCUUCGUACAACCAUCAGGAGACAAAAGAAAACAAUGCUCUGAUUCAUCAAGCGAUGAUGACAGUGAGGGUGAUGAAGAGGAGAAAAAAAAUGAGGCAAAAUGGCUUCGCACACAUAGAGCCAAACGUUCUUCCCAAAAGGAAUGCUGCGAUCCCCUAUUAGAAGUAUACAAGAAUACGUUGCUCAAAGAAAUUGAGAUGAAAGAAAAAAAGCUCAUAAUGAUCAUUUGGGGGAAGAAAAGAAAACAGAGAAUUUUUGUACCCCAGCUUAAGAGGGAACUGAAUGUAUUAAACAAAAUGUAUCAGAAGUUGUUCAAGUAA